AUGUCGACUACUGAAACCAUAACCACCACGAAGGCAGUCCAAGCAGCGAAGAUCAGCUUGGGUGUGCCUUCUCAGCACAAGCCACGCACGACGCCUGAUCAAGAAGAGCUCAAUGGAACGAAUGGAUAUCCUGCAGCUUUGUUUCCGCAAUAUCUCCCUGUAUGGGAAUCACCACAGGCAAAAUAUCCGCCUCUAGAGCCAUUUGAUUACGUCGAGCACGCUCUUGGAGCAAACAAAGGUUUUCCAGAUCUGUUGUGCGCUGGAAGCAAAUUGCAAAAUAUAACAGCAGCGAUGGGAGCUGAGGUGACCGGAGUGCAGCUGAGUCGAUUGAGUGACCAAGGUAAAGAUCAAUUGGCUUUGCUCGUGGCUCAGAAGAAGCUAGUCGUCUUCCACGAUCAAGACUUCGCUUCAUUGCCCAUUGGCCAGAGUGUUGAUUUCUGUCGAUAUUUCGGACGCCUCUUCUUGCACCCACACUCAGGAGCCCCUAAAGAUCAUCCCGAGAUACAUAUCGUGCAUCGUCGGGCAGGUAACACCAUCGCCUCGGACUACUUCAAGUCCCAUACGCAUUCGAUGGCUUGGCAUAGUGACAACACCUAUGAGGUUCAGCCACCGGGAAUUACCUUCCUCUAUGCCUUGGAAGUGCCAGAGGAUGGUGGCGAUACCAUCUUUACCGAUACGGAGAAAGCGUUCGAGAGAUUGAGUCCCGCUUUCCAAGAAAGACUUCGAGGACUAAAAGCACUGCAUACCGCAAAAGAUCAAGCGGCAAGGGCCCAAGCGAACGACGGUUAUGUUCGUAGAGAUCCCAUCGACACCCUUCACCCUGUGGUGCGAACUCAUCCGGCUACCGGAAAGAAGGCUAUCUUCGUCAACCCGCAGUUCACGAGGCAAAUUGUCGACUUCAAGAAAGAGGAAAGCGACAUCAUACUUAAGUUCUUGUAUGAUCAUAUGACCUCCAGUCAUGAUCUUCAGUGUCGAGUCAAGUGGAAGGCUGGUGCUGUUGUUGUGUUCGAUAAUCGCAAUACCAUCCACUCAGCCAUCACGGAUUGGACCGAUGGUAGGCGAAGACAUAUUGGAAGAAUCACACCAGCGGCUGAGCGUCCGUACGAGGAAUAG